AAGGAAAAGUAAAAGUGUUGCAGCUUUCUUGACUACAACUUUCAGAACGGUCUAUUGAUUCGUCAUCGAUGCGAUAGAAACACAGACCGUUGUAACUUUUGGUACUCAAUCCUUCUUCCCGUAAGCAAAUUAUGUAUAUAUAUAUCGAUGAAAGAAUUCACGAAUUUUGGCCAAAGGAAGACUCUCGGAUUGAGAACAAGUCAAAAGCUAGUUCUAGCAAAACCCGUUUUUGGUUUGCUAUCGAAAUUGGGUUCCACUAUAGUGUUGCUAGUGAGUCGAAGGAAGCUUCUUACAACAAAGUCUUUCUUCUUUUACAAAAUUACGUGUGGUGUUAGAUUGAUUGUAUCGAGGCCAUUAACUGUCUCAGUAGCUUUGUAUAUGUCUCCAAUUGAAUACUUUUUUUAAAACUCACCAGACAUAAAAGAUAGUAUAUCUCCGGUAAAACGAGAAAGUUACAUAACAACCCCUCACCGUCGUUGGUUGAAAGUGAGAAUGAUUUAUGGCUGACUAAAACUCCGUAAAGGUUUGAUAUUGUAUCAUUCUCCUUCAGUUGUUUCUCGUUGAAUUCGCUAAAGUAUAUUGUAAAGUCACAAAAUCGGCUAAGUUCGUUGAUCGUUAAAUACAAUUUUU